GGCCUCCCCUGGAGCUAGCUUUCCUCACCCUGCCCUCCCUCCUGGGGCCUCCUUGGUGGCUGUGCUGGAACUGCCCUUGAGGACCAUGAAUUAAUCUCCUGUGGGGACGAGCCUUUUCAUGAGCACACUCUAACACCACCGGCCGGUCGAGGACCCACCUCCCAGCAAGGCCUUCCCCUCCCCACCUCUCCCCAGGGUUGAGGAUCUCUGGAGAAGAUGGGGCGGAAAAAGAUCCAGAUUCAACGGAUCACAGAUGAACGGAACCGGCAGGUGACAUUCACCAAACGGAAGUUUGGGUUAAUGAAGAAAGCCUACGAGCUGAGUGUGUUGUGUGACUGUGAAAUUGCCCUCAUCAUCUUCAACCACUCCAACAAGCUGUUCCAAUAUGCCAGCACCGACAUGGACAAAGUCCUCCUCAAGUACACAGAGUACAACGAGCCUCAUGAGAGCCGCACCAAUGCCGACAUCAUUGAGACCCUGAGGAAGAAAGGCUUCAAUGGCUGUGACAGCCCCGAGCCCGAUGGGGAGGACUCCCUGGAGCAGAGCCCCCUGCUGGAGGACAAGUAUCGGCCGGCCAGUGAGGAGCUGGACGGGCUCUUCCGGCGCUAUGGGGCGCUGCACAAGAAGCACAGGGAAUGUGAGAGCCCCGAGGUGGACGAGGUGUUUGCCCUGACCCCCCAGACGGAGGAGAAAUAUAAAAAGAUAGACGAGGAGUUUGAUAAAAUGAUGCAGAGUUAUAGACUGGCCUCUGCAGUCCCAGCUCCAAAUUUCGCCAUGCCGGUCACGGUGCCUGUGUCCAAUCAGAACUCACUUCAGUUCAGCAACCCUGGGGGUUCUCUGGUGACCCCAUCGCUGGUUACGUCAUCCCUCACAGACCCAAGGCUCCUGUCCCCCCAGCAGCCGGCCCUGCAGAGGAACAGUGUAUCACCAGGGCUUCCCCAGCGACCAGCCAGUGCUGGGGCCAUGCUGGGAGGAGACCUUAAUAGUGCUAAUGGAGCCUGUCCCAGCCCUGUUGGGAAUGGCUAUGUCAGUGCCCGGGCCUCCCCCGGCCUCCUCCCUGUCGCGAAUGGCAACAGCCUGAGCAAAGUCAUCCCGGCCAAGUCUCCACCCCCACCCACCCACAGUGCCCAGCUUGGGGCCCCCAGCAGAAAGCCGGACCUUCGAGUCAUCACCUCCCAGGGUGGGAAGGGGUUAAUGCAUCACUUGACUGAGGACCAUUUAGAUCUGAACAAUGCCCAACGUCUCGGGGUCUCCCAGUCCACCCACUCACUCACCACCCCUGUGGUCUCUGUGGCAACACCCAGUUUACUCAGCCAAGGGCUUCCCUUCUCCUCCAUGCCUACCGCCUACAACACAGAUUAUCAGUUGACCAGCGCAGAGCUCUCUUCCCUCCCGGCUUUCAGCUCAACUGGGGGACUGUCGCUAGGCAACGUCACUGCCUGGCAACAGCAACAACAGCCACAGCCACCCCAGCAACAGCCACAGCCACCACAACAACCACCACCACAGCCACAGCCACAGCCCCAACAGCAACAACCACCGCCGCCGCCGCCACCCCCCCCACAGCAACAGUCCCACCUGGUCCCCGUGUCUCUCAGCAACCUAAUCCCGGGCAGUCCCUUGCCUCACGUUGCUGCAGCCCUCACCGUCACCACCCACCCCCACAUCAGCAUCAAGUCAGAGCCGGUGUCCCCGAGCAGAGAGCGCAGCCCAGCACCGCCAGCCCCUGCCCCCUUCCCAGCCCCGGCUCGGCCCGAGCCCGGGGAUGGCCUCAGCAGCCCCGCCGGGGCAUCCUAUGAAGCUGGGGAGCGGGAUGACGGGAGGGGUGACUUCGGGCCGACCUUGGGGCUGCUCCGCCCAGCCCCAGAGCCCGACACUGAGAGCUCGGCAGUGAAGCGGAUGCGGCUGGACACCUGGACAUUAAAGUGAUGAAUCUCCCCCUCCUCUAUCAACCUCCCUCUUGAAGAGUUGACAAUCUCACCGCCCCUCCCAGUCCCGGGCUCCUCCCCGCUCGACCCCUAGUUCCUUUCUCGUGCUCCGUGUCCU